AAGCACAACAGCGUUCAUAUAAAAAUAAAUCUGUGUGACUACUACUACUGACUGACGACUGUGUAAAAAGGGAGACAGCAUGUUGCGUUGUUGCAUACAAAACAAAUUAACAAAGUAAAAUGUAAAUUAAGUUACUAGUUAUUAAUUAACUAAUUUAUUUGUCAUCGCAUUAAGCCAGUUGAAUCGUGGACCACCGUCUUACCUUAUGUCCUUGUCGAACAAAUAAAUAAGUGGGAUAACAUCAAUCAUCAGUUUCAAUGGAGUUCAGCGAUUCACUUCUUGGUUGUUACAUAUCUAAACCAAUUAACCUAAGACAAUUUAAGACAGAGAAUGCUUAUAAAGUUGAUCAAGUUAAAAUGUCAAAGAUCACUGAUCGUCUAGUAUUUGAAAAAUUAAAAUCAAUUAAUCCAGAUAUUGAUUUAACUGAUUUACCUGAUGAAGUAAAAAAAUGGGAAACAGAAUUACAGAAAUAUAAUUUUCAAGAUGUUUUUGAUUCACCGGAGACAUUAUGUGCUCGUUAUGUUUUUCCUAUUUACGAUACUACUAGUAGUAAUCUCCGAACGCUUGAUGUCAUGAAAAGUGAUUUCUAUCAGACUAAGAGAACAAAGUUGUAUACUCCACUACCCAGUUUUACUCCAAGAGGAAAUAUUGUGCCUGGUGAAACUUUAUUAAUUACAAUUUCAAUGUAUUAUCCAUUUCACUGGACACAAAAUCAAGUUCCUGAUGAAGCUGUUAUUCCACAUUGCCAAAAAUCCCUUCAAUUUUAUGACACACAAACUCUUCAAGAUGUUAAGCAAAGAUUUAAGUGUGAAAAUGAAGAAAGUGAAAUCAGUGGCGAUGUAAGCAAAAACCCUCAUAAACCAUUGGAAUUCAUAGCGAACUCAGAUUUGAAGCAUGGUAUGUUUUAUAUAAAUAAUAAUUUAUAUGUCGACUCUUUACCUGAUAGAUGUACAUUGGAGCAUGCUGAAACAAUGAAAAGUUGGGCUAGUCAUCAUGGCCACACCAUUGAAAAUAUAUUAUCAAUGGAUACUCCUCUUUUGGAUUUGGAAAUAUGCAUCGGCCAACCCUAUGUUUACCAACAUUUAGGACGUUGUGAACAUCUAUUUAUAUUUAAUGAAAUCAACGUUGCUAAACCUAAUGAUUGUCUUGGCCAAACCAAUUAUCCAAGAAUCAUAAGUGUAGCUAAAGAAAAAUUAAAGUUCUGUAUAUUUUGCUCUAAAAGCGUAGCCAGUAUUGUUAUGCUGAAUGAUGAUGACAGAACCCCGUUAACUGUAAAUCAUAUGUGUGAAUCUUGUUUUAAAUCAUAUAACUAUGAUCAUUUAGAUGAUAAAGUGUCAAAUUUCAAAGCUUAUAGAUGUAUAAAAUGGAAAAAAUAACACAAUAAUUUGUUAACUUAUAAAUAUUAAUCCAAAUAAGUUUUUUUUAUGAAAAAAUUGAAUUGAAAAAUUAUAUUUUUAAUGUUUAGUUGUUAACAAGUACUAGAUUAAAUAUCUAAUCUCAGAAUUACAUAGCUGAGAUAUGUUUUUGUAUAAUUAUUAAUUAUAUUUUUUUGCAAAUAAAUAACUGUAAAAUGUAAAUACAUUUUUA